AUGGCUGGUGAAAACCUCCCCAAAGCUCCGACAUCUGCUCUGGAAAGCUACGGCAGGAGCACUUCCGGUACCACCACAUGGAGUCUUUUCUCUGAUGCGGCUUGGGACUCAAAAUCUGGAAGCUGUGGCCUCGGAUGGCACUUUCGCGACAACACAGACGCACCAGCAGGCAAUUUCUCUUCAAACCGCCGAUCUGUCCCCUCCGCCCUUGUAGCAGAGGCCCUGGUGGUAAAGUCUACGAUUCAAACUGCAGUUUCUCGUGGUGUGAACUCUCUUCGAGUCUUCUCAGACUCCAAAAGCCUCAUCACUCUCUUGGCGACCAAGAAGAACCAUGUCUGGAUACAAGGAAUUCUCUUUGAUAUCCACUCUCUAUCAAACUCUUUUAGGAAUAUCUCUUUUCAUUUUCUCCCUCGAUUGGGAAAUACUUUGGCUGAUUCCUUAGCAAAAUCAGCGCUACUCUCAUUAUCUAACUCUCUGGUGUGUGGAUGA